AUGACUCCACAAUCGGCUUCGCCAGUACCUUCCGCAGUCUCCUCCGCCGCAGCCUCACAGUUCUCCAACGAUUCCCGCGAUGGAGAGUCUCAGGUAACACGUGCUUUAGCGGGCAUGAAUCUGUCCGCCGUGAACGGGGAUGUUCUCCCCGUUCCUCCGACCCCCGCAAAGAUCGCUAGACCUACCAUGGCCAAUCGCAUCUCCCGCAUGUUCUCCAAUACCGGGAAGUCCACCCUGAAAGAGCCGGAAUCACAUCGCGACUUCUCCGACAGCAGCUCAGAAAGUGUUAAAGCUCCCUCCAAUGCCAGCAUCAAACAAACGAAACCUACCUCGAAACCCUCCUCCAAGCCGUCCUCCAAGCCAUCUUCCAGAGCUCCGUCCCGACAGGCGUCUACAAAAGAAGACAAUGACAAGAAGCCGAAGUCUAGUAAUGGCAAAGAGCAAAAGGAAGGGGCUCCUCCCGUCCACAGGCGUUUUGAUUUGCCUGGUGAUGGCACUCACAGCCAUCACCUCAGGAGCGCAAGACGGCAAGAGAAACUGACCGACCUACUACGGGACAUGCUAGGCGGCGGCAGGAAGAAGGAAGAUCACGUCGAGGAGCAACAGUUGUCGCUCAUGUCCACAUGGAUCGACCAGUUCAAGAACGAACGGGAUAAGUUGGCCGCCGACAAGAAGGGCGGUCCGAAUGCCACCGCUUCGCUGGUCGAUAAAUACGGCAAAUGUCAGGAGAUCGUCGGUCGCGGCGCCUUUGGUAUUGUUCGCAUAUCCCACAAGGUGGACCCAAGAGACUCCAAGGUGGAGCAGCUGUACGCAGUCAAAGAGUUCCGCCGUCGCCCCCAAGAGACUACCAAGAAGUAUCAGAAGCGCUUGACGUCUGAAUUCUGCAUUUCCUCUUCCCUUCGCCACCCCAACGUCAUCCACACCCUCGACCUGCUGCAGGAUGCUAAAGGUGAUUACUGUGAAGUGAUGGAGUACUGCGCAGGUGGCGAUCUCUACACCCUGGUGUUGGCUGCCGGAAAACUCGAAGUGGCCGAGGCAGAUUGCUUCUUCAAGCAGCUUAUGCGUGGCGUUGAAUAUAUGCACGAAAUGGGCGUUGCCCACCGGGAUCUCAAGCCCGAAAACUUAUUGUUGACCACCCACGGAGCUCUGAAAAUCACGGACUUUGGAAAUGGCGAAUGCUUCCGUAUGGCAUGGGAGAAAGAAGCCCACAUGACCGCGGGCCUUUGUGGCUCAGCUCCUUACAUCGCCCCGGAAGAAUAUAUUGAGAAGGAAUUUGACCCAAGAGCGGUUGAUGUUUGGGCGACUGGUGUCAUCUACAUGGCCAUGAGGACUGGGCGCCAUCUCUGGCGAGUUGCCCGGAAGGAUGAGGAUGAAUUUUACCAGCGUUAUUUGGAGGGUCGUAAACAUGAGGAUGGUUACGCUCCCAUUGAAACCUUGCAUCGGGCCCGCUGCCGUAACGUGAUCUAUUCCAUUCUCGACCCCAACCCUUCUCGCCGCAUCAAUGCUUCACAGGUCUUGAAAUCCGAAUGGGUUCGCGAGAUCAAGCUGUGCAAGGCUGGUGAGGAAGGAUACUGA